GCUCAGUCUGCAACGCGUCAACGAUCGGUUCGGUCAUUCGGUUUUCAUAGUAUUAGGUGCAGCCAGAGAUGAUCACAACGGCUCGAGCAUCGCUGGCACUGAUAGCGGUGCUGAUAGCCACCGCUGGUACCGGUUCGCAGUCCGUUGAUUCCAGACUAAGCGGCGGGGAGUCACUGAUAGGGCGUGAUCGGUAUAAGUGCGUCAAAUCACCAACCACCGCCAGCGGAAGUAUGAUCCAGCGGGGCCGUAAGUUCUGCAGCGGCGAGCUCAUCUUCGAGGACAACUUUGACUUUUUCGAUUUUGAAAUCUGGGAGCACGAGAACACACUGGCUGGUGGCGGGAACUGGGAGUUCCAGUGGUAUACCAACAAUCGGUCAAACUCGUUUGUUGAGGAUGGUGUCCUGUACAUUAGACCUACGAUAACUGCGCACGAGUACGGGGAGGCAUUCCUGAGCUCCGGGACAGCUAGUUUGUAUGGCAAUCGACCGGUAGAACAAUGUACGAAUCCAGCCUUCUACGGUUGCGAACGGCGAGGAACGGAAAUGAACAUCCUCAAUCCGGUCAAGAGCGCACGUGUAAGAACGCUGCAGUCGUUCAAUUUCAAGUACGGCCGAGCGGAGGUUCGUGCAAAACUGCCCUCGGGUGAUUGGCUUUGGCCAGCCAUUUGGUUACUGCCGAAACGGAACGCAUACGGAACCUGGCCAGCGUCUGGUGAAAUAGAUCUGAUGGAGUCGCGUGGUAAUGAAAAUUUCGCGGUCAACGGUGCUCAAAUAGGAACUCAACAGGUCGGCCAAACGCUACACUUUGGACCGAAUCCAUCGAACAACGGGUGGAACACGGCUACGGCUACAAAAAAUGUUCCUCCCGAACAGGCGUUCAGCAAGGGCUUUAACGUUUUUGGGUUUACGUGGAGCCCGGAUAAUAUAACCGUUACCAUUAACGAAGAGCAGGUGACAGUGAUUCUAGGAGGUGAAGGCUUUUGGAAGCGGGCAGGAUUCGAUAAGCUCAACAUGGAGAAUCCUUGGCGGUAUGGAAGCAAGAUGGCUCCAUUUGAUCAGGAGUUUCAUUUUAUCCUGAACUUGGCUGUCGGUGGGGUGAACGGAUAUUUUCCGGAUAAUGGAGAAAAUCCUGGUGGUAAGCCGUGGCUUAACAGCUCACCAAAGGCAGCUACGGAUUUUUGGGAUGGACGCGAAAGCUGGCUGCCGACGUGGAAUCUGAGUGAAAAUGAUGGCAAGAAUGCUGCCCUGCAGGUCGAUUAUGUUCGAGUGUGGGCUUUGUGAUAGCUUAGGCGGUUUGUAAAAUGAUAUGUCAAAUUCAGUAAAACAAUGAUUUUUUAAAUUUUUUAAA